AUGAAGGUCGUCGUCGUUGUGUUGUCCGUCAUGGUCUGCUCUGCCAUGGCCCAAGUGCCUCUCCUUGGUAAAGGAGUUGGAACUUUGGGCGUUGGCUUUAACAAUGGACAUAUUGCCGGUAAAGGCUAUGGCUACAACCCCUACAAUAACUAUGGCUACAGUGGAUACGGUAACGGUAAAGGUGUUGGCAACGUUGGUGUUGUUGGUAAAGGUGUUGGCAACGUUGCUGUUGUUGGUAAAGGCUAUGACUACAACCCCUACAACAACUAUGGCUACAGUGGAUACGGUAAAGGUGUUGACAACGUUGGUGUUGUUGGUACAGGCUAUGGCUACAACCCCUACAACAACAACUAUGGGUACAACGGCAAUGGCUACGGUAAAGGCGUUGGUAACGUUGGUGCUGGAAAAGCUUACGGAAACGACUACAACCCUUACAACUACAACAACAAUGGCUACGGUAAAGGUGUUGCUGGUCAGGGAGCUGGUCUUGUAGGACACGGACCUUUCGUUGGACACGGUCCCUUCAUUGCUGGACACGGCCUCUACGGACAUGAUGGCAACAUUGCUGGACAUGGACCUUUCGUCGGAAACGGUGUUUAUGGACAUGGUUGA